GAAUUAAAAAGCGAGCCAGCAGCAGGUUAAAUAGGCGGGACUUCCUUCCUUCCGGCUGUUUAUCUCGGUGUGUGCAGACCAAGGCGAGCCAGUGCAGGAUCAGAUAACAAGGUUUUCUCAUCACACCCCGCACUAUGCUGGGCUGCUUCCUGGGAGGAGGCUGCUGUCCUCUGGUCUGCCUGUGGGCCCUGCUGCUGCCUCUGGUCUCCCUCAGUCACUUGAACCAAGAUGGGCCCAGGAGCCGUGGUGUGAGGGACCGGCCCAAGCUGCUGCUCGUGUCCUUCGACGGCUUCCGCUGGGAUUACAUUGACCGGGUCCCGACGCCUAACUUCCACCGCAUCAUUGAUGAGGGCGUGACGGUGGAGCGCGUGGAGAGCGCCUACAUCACCAAAACCUUCCCCAACCACUACAGCUUGGUGACGGGGCUGUAUGCUGAGACGCAUGGCAUCGUGGCCAACGAGAUGUACGACCCCGCUCUGAACCGGUCCUUCUCCAUGGAGACGGACAGUAUAUAUGAGUCCCGGUGGUGGGAGGCGGCGGUGCCUCUCUGGGUGACCAUCCAGGAAGCCGGAGGGCGGAGCGGGGCGGCAAUGUGGCCGGGGUCCGAUGUGAAGAUCCACGGCAUGUUCCCCAAUAAGUACCUCCCUUACAAUGCCUCAGUGUCCUUUGAAGUCAGAGUGGAGCGGCUCAUUGAGUGGUUCUCUGCACCCAAAGACGCAGCGGUGGAUUUUGGAGUUCUGUACUGGGAGGAGCCAGACGAGAGCGGACACAACCUGGGACCUCAGAGUUCCCUCAUGGACGUGGUCAUCACCGGAAUUGACGAGAAGCUCGGCUUCCUCAUGAACGAGCUGAAGAAGGCGGGGCUGUAUGAGAAAGUGAACCUGAUAGUGACCAGCGACCACGGGAUGGCGCAGCUUUCCCCCGAUAAAAUCAUAGAACUGGAUGAGUAUGUGAGCAGAGACCUGUACACCUGGGUGGACAAGAGUCCGGUGGUGGGAAUACUGCCCAAAGAAGGGAAGUUUGACGAGGUGUACAGUAAGCUGGCGGACGCAAACCCGAACAUGAUGGUGUACAAGAAGGAAGACAUUCCCGAGCACUUCCAUUAUCAACACAACAUCCGGAUCAUGCCCAUCCUCAUAGAGUCCAAGGAGGGCUGGACCAUCUUGCAGAACAGGACCGCGCCUUUCAUGCUUGGAAACCAUGGCUAUGACAACACCUUGCGUAGCAUGCAGCCUGUGUUUGUGGCCCGUGGGCCGGCCUUACGGCAGAAUUACGUCAAGACGUCCAUGCGCUCCGUUGACCUUUACCCUCUCAUGUGCCACAUCCUGGCCAUCCCCCCUCUACCAAACAACGGCUCCCUCUCAAACGUCCAGGACCUGCUGUCCCUAGAGCCAACUCCAUCCACGGCACCCAGCAUCCCACCCAGGGCCAACGGGUAUUCCUACGCCCCCGUCGUGGGUUCUUUCAUCGGUGUGGUGAUGGUGCUGGGCUUUCUCAUGGUCUACAUCAGACAAGUGACGCUCAAGCAGCUGCCCUCACUAAAACACAGAAGCAGGGAGAUGUCACAGCCCUUACUGCAAGAGGACUUGCACCUGUAGCUGAAGAAACAGACGUGACGGCAGACGUAAAAGAAGAGGAGGUAUUGCUCCCCAAGGUAGUCCUCUCUGUCCAGAAGCAUCCCCUAACCCUCCCUCAUACAACUGAAUGCCAUUGCGCUGCUCGGGAGACAAAGGGAACCCAACCUAAUCAUGUAUAGAGGUACAUCUUGCUUGCUUGCGUGUAAGGGAAAUGUCGGGUUUGCUUCUGGUGCAGACUUAAUCAAAAUAAUAAACCUUUACAUGGGCUUUAUAGCGGCUUUGCUUUGAUUGUGAACUUUACCCAAUAUCAUCUCGUCAUUUUUAUUGUCACUUAUAAGU